UACAGGUAAUACGUAAUUAGAUGAUUGGUUUCCAUAUGAUUGUAUUUUAACGAUGUCGAUUUAAUUACUGAUAUUCACGUCGACCGUGGACACACAGCGUUUUUGAGGGCAUACUUCAGUUCUCCGGUUCCUUGGCCUACGUUAAUAAAUGAUGUCCGGUACUCGGUACAAAUCUCAUUCUAGAGGCGGUCAAGGUUCACAUGGUGGUCGUGGUUUCCGUGUCGCUGGUAGACAGACGUACAAGUACUCGUCAAUAGGAAGACUAAAUUUGAGCGCAAACGACAGCUUCGGUGAUCAGGGAAAUGCAAAUGACAAUGCAGGCAAUUUUCGGGAUAGUGGUGAUGCGUCAGUACGGCGAAAAAGCAGACCUGUGACCCAGCAUAGCAACACUUGUGGACGGGGACGGAAUAUUUCAAAUAGUCGAACAGAGAGCAGGCACCAAUAUAUAGAGGCUGGCCUGGAACUUACCCAUCCCAGCACUAACAGUGGUUCCAGGUCUAGGCGAGAAAUAAGAGCAACAGGUUAUAAACGGUUAGAAGAGCUUCUUAGUAAAGACAAGGCUGAGGCACUAAUACAGUUGUCAUCUACAUAUUUUGGUUUUGAAAAAUUACUUAACGAGCCCGAAAUACGCCGAGAUCUUCGCACAUUGAUAUGUCGCGUACUUAUUCAUGCUUGUCAAUGUACUACGUCUACAGUUUCCUUAAAUGCCCUCUUAAGUAAAGUUCAAAAUUCUAUGUUUAUUAAGUAUCAUAUGCAUCAGCAUAUUAUGGCACUGAAAGAUGAAAGAAGUCCUAGAGUAAGACACGAAGUAGAAAUCCAAGACAUCAUCACUGUCAUUAGAAUUCUUGUCGAACGUCUCCCGAGUGCAACAGGUGAGGUGAAAGCAUCCCUUAUGUUGUUAGAAUUAACUAUGGAAGAAUUAUAUGAAGUAGGGUUGAUCUACGAUAGGAACAUUCGAUCACGUUUUGACGAAUUAAAAGAGUUUGUAAAAGAAGUGGAAAAAACUCAAGGUGAAAAGGUCAAACCUGCUACAAGAAGAAAGAUUAAUAACAUAGAUGACGACAUCCCACCACCAAAUAAUUUCCGGGACAUUCCGAUAUUUCCGACUUUGGAGGAUCUGACCAUGGACAAAAUUCCAUUCUUACGAAAGAAUAAAUUAGAUGGAAGUUAUGAUAAUGCGGAUCAUUAUCUAGACGUUCAGUUUCGUUUGCUUCGAGAAGACAUGAUAAGACCGCUCCGUGAAGGCAUCAUAGAGUACCUACAGCACAAACACGAUAGGCAUAGACGAAUAACUGACAUACGCGUAUAUAAUGACGUCACUGUUGAGUACCCGAUAUGUUCACAUGAUUGUAUAAUAUACAAAGUUCACUUCGAUGUCUCUCGGCUAAAAGGAGUUCGUUGGCAGUCAACAAAGCGCCUUAUAUAUGGGUCACUGGUAUGUUUAUCUAAAGAUGAUUUCCAGACGGUCUACUUUGCUACUGUGGCGAAUAGUAAACCAAGAGAUCUUGAGAAUGGGUUCUUAGACUUAAAGUUUGAAAUUCAAGGACAGGUAGAAAACACAAGAAACGAAAAGUUUACCAUGGUUGAAACAUCUUCCUUCUUUGAGGCUUACCGUCACGUGCUUCUGAGUCUUCAGAUGAUUACAGAACAGAAUAUGCCUAUGAAAAAAUAUAUAAUUGAGGGCAGACAUGAAGUCAAUGCUCCAUAUUACCUACGUUACAACAGGAAUAUGACAUAUGAUCUUGGACCGUUAAUUGAUGAAGAUACUCGGAAACCUAUGCUUGUCAAGAUAGCAAGUAAUACGUGGCCAUCCCCUUCUUCUCUUCAACUAGAUGAUUCUCAGUUUAACGCAUUAAAAACUGCAUUGACCAAAGAGUUUGCAGUCAUCCAAGGACCUCCUGGAACUGGAAAAACCUACGUGGGUUUGAAAAUAGUACAUGCGUUACUUCAUAAUAGAAAAUACAGGAAAACUGUCCAUGAUGAGAUAAAUGAGAGUCCUAUAUUCAUUAUCUCCUAUACGAAUCAUGCUUUAGACCAGUUUCUUGAAGGUAUCCAUUCUUUUUAUCCUGAUGGUAUUGUGCGUGUUGGUGGGAGAAGUAGUAGCGAGACUUUGAAGAAAUUUAACUUAAAUAACCUCCGGCAGGAAUCACGGGAGCGAAAAGAAGUACCAAGACAUAUACGCGUCAAGAAGAGAUUUCUUUUUCAAAAGAUAGAUGCCCUACGGUAUAAUAUGGAAAAUUCCAUAGAAAAUAUAAAACUAACAACAACCGGAGUCAUCCAUACACGCUUUCUUCGGAAAUGGAUGCGAAACGGGCAUUAUAAAUCUUUCACGGAAUGUAGAGAAAAUCAGUCAAUGAUAUCUUGGUUAAGUUUGGAUGAAGUUAAUAUGAACCUAGACAUAGAUACACGUUUCAGUGUUAUUGAAAUCAAUGAUAAAGAGGAAAAUGAAGAAGGGGAACAACUAGAAGUGGCCGAGGAAUCGGAUUUGAUUGCAGAGAAACGAGUACUUGAUAUCGAUGAUGCAGAUGAAGAGGAUGCGAUGCGAACAACGAGAAAAAUUAGGAACACGGUUAGAAAACAACUUGCAUUUGAUCCGGACCAAAUGGAGAGAUUUAAAGACGAGGACAGUUUUCAAUUGAGUAAAAGAGAUAGACAAAAAAGAAUGCGAACCUUUAAAUUGGAGCUCCAAAAAACAGAUAAAAUGAGCUAUGUUGAAGCUGCUAGAGUACAAAACGUAUGGAGGCUACAACGUAAUGAUCGUUGGCGUCUAUAUCGAUUUUGGAUAUCCCAGUAUUGUGAUCACGAACGUCAUUUACUUUACAAAACGCAAGAAGACUACAGUACAUUAGGAAAACAACUUCAGGAAAUCAGAUUAGAAGAGGAUAUCCUUUUAAUCCGAAAUGAAAAAGUGAUUGGUAUGACAACAACUGGGGCAGCAAGAUGCCGAAAUAUGAUUAAGAAUAUCAAGCCAAAGAUUGUCAUUGUCGAAGAAGCAGCAGAAGUACUCGAGGCUCACAUAGUGUCGAGUUUGACUGAAGGCUGUGAACAUCUAAUACUAAUUGGUGAUCAUCAGCAACUUAGACCAAAUCCGACUGUAUACGAUCUUGCCAAACGGUAUAAUUUGGAAAUUUCCCUUUUUGAAAGAAUGGUGAAAAAUGGCAUGCACUGCGAGAGGCUGAACACUCAGCAUAGAAUGCGACCAGAGAUAUCAUCUCUUAUGAAGAACCAUUUCUACAAAGGUCUUCAAGAUGCUCCUAUUGUACACAGUUAUGAAAAAGUCAAAGGAGUCGCUAGCAAUAUGCUCUUUAUAGAUCAUGACCACAAAGAAGCAUCUGUCAAGGACACGCUGAGUAAAUCGAAUGUAUACGAAGCAGAGUUCCUAGUAAGCUUGUGUAAAUACAUGAUUCAGCAAGGCUACAACCCAUCAGAAAUUACGAUACUUACAACAUACACGGGUCAACUUCUUCACUUCAAGAAAAAUAUGAAAUCUGAGUUCUUUAAAGGAGUUCGCGUUUGCUCAGUUGACAAUUUUCAAGGCGAGGAAAAUGAAAUCAUUCUUCUUUCUCUAGUAAGAAGCAAUGACGAGGGAAGGAUUGGGUUUUUAAAAGAAAAGAAUAGAAUGUGUGUGGCACUUUCAAGAGCAAAGAAAGGACUAUUUUGCAUCGGUAAUAUGAAGCUUCUAACUCGAGACGAUCAUUGGAGAAAAAUUGUAACAGAACUUCGUCAGAAAAAUCUACUAAGCAAAACCAUUCGAUUGUGUUGUCAAAACCACCCAGGUAGAGCAGUAGACGUACAAGAGCCGCUCGAUUUUAUGAAAUGUCCUGAGGGUGGCUGCAAUGAACGCUGCGUUUAUAGACUUAAAUGCGGCCACGUUUGUAAGUUGUCAUGUCACCCAUACGAUCCUGAACACAAGAAUAUCAAAUGUUCGAGACCAUGCGUAAAACAAUUGCCAUGUGGACAUGCUUGUAAAGAAGAAUGUAGCCAACCAUGCACCAGUACGUGCAGAGAGAUUGUUUCUAAGCUGUGGCCUUGUGGACAUAAGGGUGAAUAUCAGUGUCACGUGGAUGAUCCUUUGUCCUGUUCAAAUCCAUGCGGUGUCAUUUUGAAAUGUGGCCACCUAUGUCAAGGAACCUGUGGAGGUUGUACAAAUGGCCGCUUGCAUCAACAGUGUCGUUCGAAGUGUAAUAGAACUUUAGUUUGUGGUCAUGGAUGUCUUGAACCGUGUACACGCAACUGCCCACCAUGCAGUAAAUCGUGUGAGAACCGCUGCGUUCACAACAAGUGUCCAAAUAAAUGUGGGGAGAAAUGUACACCUUGUACAAUGCCAUGCGAGUGGCGAUGUCAGCAUAAACAAUGUACCAUGCAGUGUGGCCAACUAUGUAACCGACGACGAUGUGACAAACCUUGCAAAAAUACUCUUUCUUGUGGUCAUCAAUGUGCUGGUCUUUGUGGUGAGCUGUGCCCAAGGAAAUGCUUGAUUUGCGAUAAUUUCGAAUUGACAACAAUAAUGUUUGGAAGUGAAGAUAAACCAAACGCAAGAUUUAUUCAAUUAGAAGACUGUGGACAUGUGAUAGAAUCAACGGCAUUGGAUGUUUGGAUGGAUCUGGAAGAUGACGGAAAUACAAAUGUGCAGUCAAAAGAUUGUCCAAUAUGUAAAACACCAAUUAGAAGGAAUCUACGAUAUGGUAAUAUAAUAAAAGAGCUGCAGAUGGACAUAGAGUGUAUGAAAUCCAAGAUAAUUGGAGAUGAGUAUAAAAUACGUCAUGAUAAAAUUCGUUUACAAAGAGAAAUUCAACGUUUGUCUGAUAAAGAGUGCGGAACAUUUCUUCUCACUGAACUAAAUGCAUUAUUGACAGCAGAGCAGGUUUCUAAUAUGGAAAACAAAUUGCAGUUUGUUUCAAAAGUAGACGAGAUUAAUAAGGCAGGGGAUGGAAAAAUUAAUGCAAGAUAUGCAGAUAUUGAAAAACGUAUUAAGAAGGAACUGGAUAUUUGUAAGAAAUUGAUUCUCAUGCCAAGGUAUCAGUUUAGUGAACAGAUGCUACAUGAUAUAGCGUCAGAGCUGCAACGUCUUUCAUUCUAUAUGGAACUCUACGUGCUGAAAAGUGAACUACGUAAUAAAAGCAUUAUCUCAGAAACACUGGCAGAUUACGUGCGCAUUGUAAAGAAACAUGUUACUUCAAUCGGUCCUCUCAAAGAAAAAGACGUAAAAACCACAAUAUUUUGCUUGAAAAUAAUCAGUCGAGAAUGCGGCGUUGUCCCGUGCAUAUCAGAUAAAGAAAGAGUGCAGAUUGUAUAGGCUAUAGGUCUAUCCCAAGGUCACUGUUUUAAUUCAAGUAAAUUGGUGACUGGUUGGCCCAGCGUUGGAGACUCCAACCGUAUCGCGUCGGGACGGUUCUGCAUUUCAAAGUGAUUUUGGAUAUAACACGCAUUUUGUAGAAACAUAUGUGUGAUCAUAAAUUUGCCUUUAGCACAAAUCUAUGCGUGAUAACGAAUGAUCACGAAUUCAGGGCAAAAUGUAUAAAAUUAGAAUAAAUUGUUUUUUUCACUGUUCCCUGGUUUUAUUAAAAAUACAAAAAAAACGGUCAUGCAGUGACUGAAACACGCACAGUAUUUACGUGAAUACAUUUACUGAAAAAUUAUCAGUAUGCUUUUUUUGUAAGGCAUGAGAUGUUUGUGUAUGUAGCUCGGGAACUUAAAUUAAAAAUACAUUGAAACUCAAAUUUUACUUGACUUUCUUAAAAAUAUUUUGUUUAUGUACCCGGUAUUGUCCACAAACACUCCCUGAAAUCGUUUGAAAAAUGCUCAGAUCGUCAGAGCGCCAGGGGUUACGCCACUGCACCCCAACCUAAGCUUCGCCCCCUCAACCCCAGCCAACUGGGGGGGGGGGGGUCACGCAUUUCAAAUCUU